GCAGGAGCAGCCAUGUGGGGCUGGCUGUUGCUCCUGGGCUGCCUCCUUCUGCUGGUGCUGGUGCUGGUGCUGAAGGCGCGGGGCUCUUCUGCUGGAGGCGCCUCCAGGAACCCCUUCGAGCAGGAUUCCCGCCGGCCCCCGGCGCCCCUCGUCACCGACAAAGAGGCCAGGAAGAAGGUCCUCAAGCGAGGCUUUUCCAAGGACAAAGUUCCUGACCAUCUGGAUGCAAUUGUCAUUGGAAGUGGAUAUGGAGGGCUGGCUUUAGCUGUGAUGCUCUCCAAAGCUGGGAAGCGGGUUCUGGUCCUGGAGCAGCAUGGGAAGGCUGGUGGCUGCUGCCAUACCUUCAAUGAGAAGGGUUUUGAGUUUGAUGUAGGGAUCCAUUAUGUGGGGCAGAUGCAGGAAGGGUCUAUCCUUCGCAUGAUGAUCGACCAGCUCACAGAUGGGCAGCUGCAGUGGGCCAAGAUGGACUCUCCCUUUGACACACUGAUUCUGGGAGACCCUGAAGGUGGAAAGCGGUAUUACUUACAUAGUGGGGAGGAAACGUACAUCCAAGAACUAAAGAAACAGUUCCCUGGUGAAGAAGCCGCUAUUGAUGCAUUUGUGAGACUUAUAAAGAGAGUUGCCAAAGGAUGUGCCCUCAUGGCUAUACUGAAGAUGCUUCCAGUCCCCUUGGUGAUGUUUCUACACCGGACUGGCUUGCUGGCAUUGAUCAGUCCUUUCUUCAGGAUGCUGUCCAAAAACGUUUCAAACGUGGUGGCUGAGUUCACUGCAAAUGCAGACCUGAGAGCAGUGUUCACGUAUAUCUUUCCUACCUAUGGAGUGAUUCCUGCCAAGGCCAGCUUUUCUUUACAUGCAAUCCUUGUUGAGCACUUCUUUGAAGGUGGAUGGUAUCCUCAAGGAGGCUCCAGUGAAAUUGUCUUUCAGUCCAUCCUCAUCAUUGAACAAGCUGGUGGGACUGUCCUUACCAAGGCUCCUGUACAGAGCAUUUUAGUGGAUUCUCAAGGAAAAGCUUGUGGUGUGAAUGUAAAGAAAGGUCAGGAUACUGUUAACAUCUAUGCACCUGUGGUGAUUUCGGACGCUGGCAUCUUUAACACCUACGAGAAGCUGUUACCAAAUGAACUAAGAGUUUUGCCAGAAAUACAGAACCAGCUUUCCAUGAUGCAUCAUGGCACAUCAGGAUUCUGUGUCUUCAUAGGCCUCAAUGGUUCCAAAGAAGAAUUGGGACUGGAAGCAAAAAAUUACUACAUCUUUCAACACAAUGACCUCAGUGAAGCGUUCAUUUCUUACCUCAACUGUUCACGGGAAACUGCUCCAAAGAAUAUCCCUUUGCUGUACAUUGGAUCUUCCUCAGCUAAGGACCCACUAUGGGAGAAGAGAUACCCAGGCAAGUCCACUCUCAUUAUUCUGAUAGUUGCCAAAUAUGAAUGGUUUGAGGAAUGGAAGGAAGAAAAGGUCACAAAGAGAGGACUGGAGUACGAGAGUGUCAAAAACAGUUUUGUGGACAGUAUAAUGGAAAUGGUUUUGAAGGUUUACCCUCGUAUAAAAGACAAGAUUGAGCAUGUCUCUGCAGGGACACCUCUCACCAACUGCCACUACAUAGCUUCUCCACAAGGAGAAAUGUACGGUGCAGAACACAGCAUUUCCCGUCUCCAGGUAGACGUCACAACGACAAUUAGACCGCAGACACCUGUCCCAAACCUCUAUCUGACAGGUCAAGAUGUUUUUCUAGGUGGCUUUCCAGGUGCACUUCAUGGAGCCCUUGUCUGUGCUUCUGCUGUCCUCCAGCGCAAUCUCUAUGUUGACCUAGUCUGGCUAUGGAGAAAAAUGAAAGCUACGAACAACAAGAAGAACAAAUGAUCCUUCAGCUUCCAUCUUGUGAAAACACCUUGAUCCUCUCCCCUAAUCCCUGUAGAGAACAUUUCUAAAGCUGCCUGCUUUCUGGGUUCUGCAUUCAGCAGGGAAUGCUAACUGGUUCUGAACCUAGCUCUUUAUCUUGGUUUGCUUCUAUGGCCAAUUCAGUUCACCAACACUGUUGUGCGAGAUGAGUGGUGCAACUGUCACAUGUAGACAUGCUGAACAGUUGUGAUAUAAAGGUGGACUCCACUUUUAAAGUACACAUGGAUUUUCCUUCAGCAUCACUGGGCUGCCAUAAGUGGUGUGACAGUGGCAGCUAUAGCUACUUCGGUGCUGUAAUUUGAUGCAGGUGCCACUAACUACUAUUAUUCCUUCACCUUUCCACUUAGAUGAAGUGGUUUCCACCUAGCAAUCUGUGACUGUUGUCCCAGUGUUCAGUUCUAUAUUUCGAUGCUAGGAAAUAUACUUGCAAAUGCAAUGUAGACAGCUGGUAUCUCCAAUUACAGAAUCUCAGGUAUUAACCGAUGGGGAGACUUCUUGUGAAGUCCCUGAAAUUAUAUUUAUUUAUGUAUUUAUUUAUUGAAAGUAUUUAUAAAUCACUUUUCUACCCACCAGGACCCUAAAGCAUUGGACAUUAGCAUGCAUUAAGCAUUUUAAAAAAUAACAGCUUUUUAAACAGCUGGCUUGCCAGACAGAAAAGGUACAGUUUCAGCUGUUCAUUGGAAAUAUAACAAGGAUGAAGUCAGCUUGACUUCUCUGAAGGAGUUCCACAAUGCAGAGGUUGCUACAGAGAAAGCCCUGUUUUGUGUACUCGCCAACCUGGUAUCUCAGGGUCGUGUGGCAUGUAAAAGGGCUUCUGCUGAAGAUCUCAGACUCCAGGCAAGCUCAUAUAGGAGAAAGUGGUGAUUCAGAUAUCUUGGCUCCAAGCCAUUUAGGGCAUUGUAGAGUGUAUUACAGUAGUCUAAUUGAGAGGUAAUUAUAGCAAGGAUCACUGUAGCCAAAUCCAUCUUGGCAUGCACUUUGAACUCUCUUCUUAAUUUAGAUGCUUUUUUUGGUGCUCACAGAACAAGAGCUAUCCUGAAGCAGACCAAGCAUAUUCCAGAUUUAUUUAUAUUUUUCUUUUACACCGUGACUGACUGUGGCAAGAUCACAGGUAGGACAUGAGUGCAAUAGCACCCUCCCAUUCAUAUUCAUCCAACGUAUAUAAUCAUUCUGUCUCUGUCACUGGAGAAAGUAUAUAGCCAUCUUAACUAGUAUAAUGGAUACCCUUAUAUUCCGUAGGCCAGAUGGUUCAGUAUAUACAACAGCUUUUUAUACAGAUCAGAGUUCACUUUGUUGUUGUUUUGUACCUUCAAGUCAUUUCCAACUUAUGGUGACCCUAAGGCAAACCUAUCAUGGGGUUUUCUUGGCAAGAUUUGUUCAGAGGGGGUUUGCCUUUGCCUUCCUAUAUUCAUGCAAUAUCAUUGUGAUGUUCCACUCUUACUACAAGAACAGUAUAGACUAGCUUGCCACACUUUUCCUCUAAUAUAUAGAAAAUCUUAGCACAAAAGUACAUAUAGAAAAUACAUAAGCAGUUCUGUAUUCUCAGCUGCCCUUUUCCAUCUACCAUGUUUAAUGGAAGCUGCAGCAGGAGUCUCUAUGUUUCAAAUGGUGCUCAUUUUUCUACCUGCAUUUGAAGAUCAAUGCACAUGACAAGAUGAAAAGAAAAGAUAGUAGACUUUACAGAAGAAUGGCCCCCAUGAUGCUCUUCAUUAUAUCAGGAACUUGAUGUCUUGUAGAAAUGUGCAAAAUGAAUCUACAGAAAUGAACUGUAUGUUAAAAUUUAGGAAAAGAUGGACCAGAAUAUUUAAAUUUUUAUUUCUUCAAAAAUAUUGUACAAAGAAACAAGGGCUUAACUUAAAAAUCAUGAUUUAGAUCCAAAGGUGCUCUCCUACUUGCAGAAAAUGCCUUUUCUUCAAAGACGGAUAAUUUGAGAACUCUCCCUCACUUUCUCUGGUCCAAAAAGAGAAAAGGGGGUGCAUUGUUUCCGACAGAAGCCUCCCUCAGCAACAGUUCACUUUGGUUGCAGCCCCACCAUACACAUUCUUUAACAUUUUUAAAACUUUAUUUUUCAAAACAAAAAAGGAUUUCCAGUGUUCCUGGUACAGUGCACCUGCGCCAUAUGCAGCUUUCAGGUUAUGCUGAAAGCUGCGCAACGAAAGAUGCAAUAGUGUGCAAUCCCAUGGUGCACCUGCUGCAACAUUGGUUUUAAUAGGGCUGGAGCAUACACGAUAUUUCGCUUACGAAGGGGGGUCCUGAAUGGAUCCCCUGCAUAAGAGAAAGGCACUCUGUAUUUUUGAAAGUGUGACCUUCAAGCUGUCCCAAGUUUUAAGAUCCUGAGGGGAAGGAUUCCUCUCAGUCCCACCAAUAUUACAGACAUGUUUGGUGAGAAUGUGAGAAGGAGCCUUCUCAUUGGUUUCAUCCAGGUUAGGGGAUUCCCUCCCAUGGGAAGCUGAGUUGGUUUCGUCUCUGCUCUUUGCCAAGGAGUCAAAGACCUUUUUAUUUAGGUAGAGCCUUGGCGUAUAAUUUCUGUGCCAGAAGAGACAUUUAAUGAGAUUGUGCUUUUAUCAUUCUGCAAGUGCUUGGAUUACUCUUAAGAUGAUGAUGAUGAUGAUGAUGAUGAUGAUGAUGGUCAUCGUCAUCAUCAUCAUCUGUCUUUUUCCCAAUUAAGAUCUCCAGGCAGCUUGUUGUUGUGUAGCUUCAAGUCGU